AUGAAAAGCUUCUGGCACGAGCUCGCGCGGCCGCUGUACUGUGUGGCGCCCAUGGCAAACGUGACGGACGCGGCGUUUCGUCGCCUCAUUAGCGACAUCGCCAAGCCGUCAGUCAUGUGGACAGAGUUCGUGAGCUGCGAGGCGCUGACGCACGACCCGGAAUCGCGCCGCCGCAUGAUGACGACGCUCCAGUACGCCGAGCAAGAGCGGCCGGUGGUCGCGCAGCUCUUUGGUUCGAAACCCGAGCAGUUCUAUGAGUCCGCCAUGAUUGUACGUGACUUGGGCUUUGACGGCAUCGACAUCAACAUGGGCUGUCCAGAGCCGACUGUCACAAAUCAAGGGAGCGGUGCCGCCUUGAUCUUGCAGCCACAGUUAGCAAGCCAGAUUGUGGCUGCAUGUAAACGUGGGGCGGGGGUGCUGCCCGUUUCUGUCAAGACGCGCAUUGGGUUCCACGACGUUGAUUACAAAGACUGGGUGCUGCGGCUCUUGGCUACUGAGCUGGAAGUGCUCACUAUCCACGGACGAACGCGUGAUGAGAUGUCUAAGGUCCAGGCACACUGGGACGUCAUUGGGGAAUUGGUAACGCUGGCGAAAUCGACCGGCUCUUCUGCACUUAUACUUGGCAACGGCGACGUUGAGAGUCUCGUGGACGCACAGCAGAAAGUCAAUGAUUACGGAGUUGACGGUGUCAUGCUCGGCCGUGCUUUGUUUGGCAAUCCGUGGCUGUUCCAGGGUCACCCAGAUACAUCGCAUGUAUCAGUAAAAGAGAAGCUGGAGGUGAUCCUGCGCCACACACAGCUUUUUCAAGAACUCUUGGCCGAACCUGGCCUCGUGGGGUUUCCGCGCAUGAAAAAGUUUUACGGUUCGUACUUGAAAGGAGUGCCCAAUGCGCGCCAGUUACGCGAUCGUAUGGCUCGCACUCGAAAUGCUCAAGACGUGUAUGAUAUUAUCGACGAAGCUCUCGAGCACCUAGUGAUGGAGGAGCAACAAGUACAAUGUAAUGAUUGA